CUUGGUCAUGCUAUGUUAUUAAAAUAAUUCAUUAUCGGUUAGUGAUGUCUGAGUACAGUAAUGACAUUUGUCAUGCUCGAACUGAAUAGUCUAUCAGAAAACAAUGGACCAUGUGCAGACUAUAAACCUGGAGAAGAUGAUCUCCAAGCAUUUGAUUUCAUACGCAAGUUUCGAUUGGAUGUCUUGGAGACUCAGUAUCCAGGAGUCACAAGAGUCAGGGGAUCAAAUCGAAUGCAGACAGCAUAUCGACUAGACAGAGAUGCUGAUCUGACACUGCCAACUAGGGAUGUCUUUCCAUUGGGCCUACCUGAACAAUUUUCAUUCAUCAGUACAUUUCGAACUCGAAAAUUGGCAAAGAGCCCUUGGCAUAUAAUUAGAAUAUCUGACAUUCAAAACAAACCUCAGUUCCUCAUCACUUUAAAUCCAAGGAAGGAGUCAAUUGAGUUUUCCAUAACAAAUUUUGAAGGGAGACUUCAGACGCUUGUCUUCAAUAAGGCACCGGUAUUUGACAAGAACUGGCACAAGCUCCAUUUUGGAGUGUACAGAGACCAGGUAGUGCUGUAUGUGGAUUGUGAACAGAAUAUGGCAGAGUUUCUGGAACCACGCGGCCCUAUUGAUGUUAAUGGUGACAUCACGAUAUCCAAACUUGCUGGAAGUCGCAACACUGUGCCUGUCUCACAACUUAUUGAUCUUCAGUGGAUGGUGCUGAGUUGUGACCCAACACGCCCAGAAAGGGAAAGCUGUGAUGAGUUGCCUAGAAGCAGUCCAUUGCCAGCUACUCCAUCUUGUGAGGUAGUGUGUCCCCAGGGCCCACCUGGCUUUAAUGGCACUGAUGGUUUGCCGGGUUUGAUCGGACCUCUUGGACCUAUCGGCGAGCCGGGAAUACCGGGUUUUCCCGGCCAGAAGGGAGCUACCGGACCUCCCGGCCGCCCUGGUAUACCAGGACCACAAGGGCUUUCUGGUGCUAGAGGUCUGCCUGGAACUCAAGGGAAUAGAGGUCCCCCAGGAGAUUCAGGUUUACCUGGUGCUAAAGGCGAUCGGGGAGAGUCUGGUUUGUCAGGAAUAAAAGGGGAACGUGGUGAUGAUGGUCAACCUGGAAUUCCUGGCCUUGAGGGACCACCUGGACCACGUGGGUUACCAGGUGAAGGUGGUGGAGUAGGAGAGAGAGUGCCUGGUCCACCUGGACAACCAGGACCAAUUGGACCACCAGGCCUGCCAGGAGAACUUGGUCCUGAAGGACCUCAAGGCCGGAGAGGAGUGUCUGGGGAGCCUGGUCCUACAGGAUUACCUGGUCGAGAUGGUAGUAAUGGAGAAAGAGGUCUGAAAGGAGAGAGAGGAGAACCUGGACUUCAAGGAAAUAGGGGACUUCCAGGUCUUGCAGGUCCACCAGGCCCUUCAGGUCUUCCUGGUGCUCAAGUGGAGGGCGAGGCUGUUCCUGGGCCUGCUGGACCUCCUGGAUCUCCAGGUGAACCUGGAAUUAUGGGUCCUCCAGGGCCCAAAGGGAAUAAAGGAGCACAGGGUGAUCAAGGAGAGAGUGGUCCCAGGGGAGACAAAGGUGAGCGUGGUUUAACAGGACUGCCUGGAACAGAUGGUUCAAGAGGUCCUCCAGGACGAGAUGGCUCACCUGGACCUCUUGGGCAGAAGGGUGAACAGGGUUUUUCAGGUUCCACUGGACUUCAAGGACAAGCUGGGCUUGUUGGACUGCCAGGUCCAGCUGGAGCCCCUGGAGGUCCUGGAAAUCCUGGUCAGAAGGGAGAACCGGGCAUUGCAGGAGAGCCUGGACUGCCUGGAACUGCAGCUGCUGCAGGUGACCCUGGACCUGUUGGGGCCCCUGGGCCUCCUGGUCCUCAAGGUGAAGAUGGAGACAGAGGUGCUAAAGGUGAUCGUGGUGAAGCAGGUCUACCAGGUUUGCCUGGCCCUAGUGGGCUUCCAGGAAGAGAAGGUUUACAGGGGGAAGAGGGAGAACAGGGUCCUCCAGGUCCAAAGGGUGAGAAUGGUCCACGAGGUCCGGAAGGCCCAGAGGGUCAGAUAGGCAGCCCAGGAGCACCUGGACUUAUCGGGUUGCCUGGUGUGAAGGGAGAUAAAGGUGAAAGUGGAGAGCAAGGUCCAGUAGGACCCAGAGGUUUACCAGGUUCCAUGGGAGUUCCAGGUACUCAUGGUCCACCUGGACCACCUGGUCUGCCAGGGUUUCAAGGUGUUGCUGGCCCACCAGGUCCCCCAGGUCCUCCUGGACCUCCAGGUGCUGAUAGCAGUUAUAUCCCCAACACUAUCACAGCAAUAGAUGGAAAUGGAUUGCCUGGUGCAAUGGGACCCAGAGGACCACCUGGACCCUUCGGGCAACCAGGUGAAAGAGGAGCAGCAGGAGAAAGAGGGCCUGAAGGAAUACCAGGUAAUAUGGGAAUUCCUGGUAAGGAUGGAGCACCAGGACUGCCAGGUCCACCAGGACAGAGGGGACAGUCAGGAAAUCAUGGUCUUCCAGGCCCACCUGGCCGCAGCUUUACAGAAUCUGAACUCAGGGACAUAUGUGCAGCUGUUCUUCGAGACCAGCUGAGUGAGUUGACAGCAACAUUAGUGGGGCCCCCUGGUCCUCCUGGAAGAGGCAAGUCUGGUCGAUCAGGGCCACCUGGACUUCAGGGAUCUCCAGGUGAUCCUGGACCUCCAGGACUGCAAGGUGAGAGAGGCUUCACAGGGUUGCCAGGUGUCCCUGGACCUCCUGGUUCUUCUGGUGCACAAGGAGAACGGGGAGAUAAGGGUGAUAGAGGACCAGAAGGAAUUGGCAUUGAGGGUCCCAUUGGACCACGAGGAUUACCAGGACCUCCUGGACCAGAUGGAAUUGGGCUUCCAGGCAGAGAGGGGGAAAGAGGAGAGACUGGAAGACCAGGUCUACCUGGCCUUCGUGGGGCCCCAGGCCCCCAAGGAGCUCCUGGGUUCUGUGAAUUCUGUAAUUAUGCCAGCACAAACUACCUGCAAGCUGUAGCUGCACGCUCUGGUGGCAACUCCAAGGGGCCAUGAUAGAUUGAAUAUCAGCUUCCUAAAUUUUAAUGACUAGUAGGGGAGGUGCCAUUAAUGCUAUAUACAGUUGUGAUUACAAAAUUUGAUGAAAAUUCAUUCAGAACAGAAAAUGUACAAUCUAGGCAAAUUCUUUCUUAUUGUAGGAACAGAGUAAUUAUCAUAUAAUAAAUCUAUCAUAUGAUCUGUAUUUAUAAAUAAAAUAUCUAAGAUUGUAUAACAGGCCAAUAAAAUAAUUAUAGUUAGGUAAUAUAAUAUAACGUUCUGAAAAAAACUCAUUUACAGGUUCUGGUUGAUUUAUGGUUAUUUAAUAAUCUUAUUUUUAACAAACUAAAAUCUGACAAUCAGUGAAUUCAGGUAUAUUUAUCGUUUAUCAUGAUUUGAUAUAUUAUGUCAGCUCUCAUUUUAAGCAUACGUGUCAGUGAAUGAUUGUAGAAAUUAAACAACUUUCUGACAUGAAAUCUAAGCAUUACAAGACUUGCUUUAUUGUUAUUAUAAAUCAACAGAAAUGUGAAACUCUCAGAUUUUUACAGAUGAAGGUACUGACAUUUUUUCAAACUUGUCAUCUUAAUUCUUUACUGUGUACUGCUCUCUGGUCUUUCUCUUAUAUAGUCUGUUCUGCAGAAAUUACUGAAGUUAACCAUGUUGACAACCCACUGUGUAUAUGAUGCACUAAUGCACCUCUCUGAAAAGGUGUUCCCUAGUUUUCAACAAGAAUUGGAUAUUUAAAACAGUGAGGGCAUAAGUAAACAAUCCCUUAAACAAUGUGCUCAUAACAUAAUCAAGUAUUUUGUAUAACAGAAAUAUAGAUUGAUGUGGUGCCAUUUUAAUAUAUGGAAUAAAAUGCAAAAAAUUAGUGCUAGCAGUGAAUAGAUAUCAUGAAGAAGAUAUAUCAGCUUUACUCUUCUGGGCAUCACCAUUUGCCAUUGCACACUAAGCAAUUUAUGAGGAACUAUUAAAUAUUACUACUUGUCAAAAACUAAUCAUUUGACAAGACUCAAGCAUGUAACAUACCAACUACAUUGUAUUCAGGAUGAAUAUAUUUAAGGGUAUAUUCAUUACCAUACACCAAGUCAGGUAUGGGUACUACUUUACAGUGCUCAAGAAUGGUUUCUACAUAGUUUCAGUUAUUAAUUUAUAUGCUUUAUAUUUUGAAUAUCAUUGGCUGAUUUUUAUUAACUAUUAGAGAUCAUUAAGUAAUUGUACUGACUUCUUGUGUCAAAGAUACAGCCUGUAGCUUAAGUUAAUAUUUUGAAGAAAUUUGUGUUCAGUCACAUUUAAAAUUUUAAUUUUUGAUACUAUAACAUCACAAAGUGUGCAAGUAAUUAAAAGAUAAAAUACUAUGUUUAAGACAUGGUGUUAGUUCUUAGAGAAUAUGAGCAUUAUGUGUAAUAAAGAGUUAAUUUUCUGAAUGCUGUUAAGGCACAACAUUAAGCAAGAAAUUACAAAAUUGAACUAGGAUGCUUCCUUGUUUUGUUUAAGCCUGGUAAAUGAUGGGGCAAUUAAUGAAAAUCUGAAGAAAAGAGAGCCUAGUUGUUUAUAUUAAAAUUCUAGUUUAGUUGCAAUGUAUAAAAUUUUCCAAAAUAUUAUUGGCAUUAAAUGUGAGUUGGACUUUGCAUGAAAUGAAAUUAUUUGUUGUACCAGUGUCAUUUUGCAAAUACAUAUUUCCAGAUUGUCUGGUUCUGAAUAUAGGAACAAUAUACCAUUACAUGAAUCAUUUUAUGUGACAGAACAUCAACAGUAAAUCAAAUCUGGAGUGAAUGUGCUGAAAGACAAUAGGAUAUAACUUUCAACAUCUUCAGGGAAUGUGUAUGUGCUAGUGUUGUGGAAAGUACUGUCAAAAAUUACAUUAAGAGAAAACUAUUGUAAUCCUCACGAAUUAUGUGACUUCUCAGUUAUUUUGUAUUGUACUUUAUUAUGCCCUCUCUGAUGUAAAAAAUAAUAACAGUGACUGGUAAUAGUAUCGCUUACAUAAAUUAUUACAUGUAAGUUAAAAAUAACAUAAAGUGAACUGAUCAACCAUGAAUAUUGCUAUGAAGUCACAUAGAUGUAAACCUACCCAAGGUUUUAUUUUAUCACUGCCACACUAAUUAUGUUACAGUUAAUUAUUGUUUAAAUAACAUUUAUAUUUCCUACUCUGUAGUCAUUUGACUUUUUAAAAAUUAAUUUUCCUAUAAGUAUUUUAUUAAUGGUUUUGUGUGGAUUUUAACCACAUCAUCACCAAACCUGUAAAGAUAUUUCAUUUCAUAAUAUAGAAUAAGGUAUGCAAACAUGUGUUCCUAGAAAGAAUACUGUAUAAAGAACCUGAUUGUUUUCAUAACUUUUGUUAUUUUUACAUGCCAUUUUAAUUCAGCAAGUGCCAUAUCAUUAUGAAGGAUGUACUUUGAGACAUAAGGUAACAAAAUCCACUGACUGGUAUCUGGUUACUAUUUUGUUUUACGCAGUGCAAUGCAAUUACUAAUUUUCAAUAUGCAUAAAAUUCAUGCAUGACUAGUUGUUAUGACUGAUUCAUGGCAUAGUGUGAAUAUGAAAGAUUAAAAGUUUGUACUGUGAAAUGGAGAUUUAUAUUAUCACAAAAAGUGCUGUUAUUUUCCUCUAAAACUUUUGUAAAUGUAUUUAUUUUUGUAACACAAAAAUACCAAUAUUUGCUACACA